AUGGAUGCUCCGAACGUCAACUCGACCAACCCUUUCAGGGCUCCCCAGCCCGCUGUUAUGCGAACUGGCGAAAUGGACACCAGUGAAGCGAAGACUGUCCUUUUAUCUUCAGAAAAGAUCCCUUCCAUGACCUGCACCGAUGAUGAUGCCGAUGAAGAUGGAGAGCAGGAUAUCGACAGCCUUAUCGACGAGCUUGAGAUUCUGGACGGGUGCCCUCAUAGAAAGAGUUUGGAUCCUGGGGAGCAGACAUCUGCUGCGACGGAGGCGGAGUUUGACACCGACAUCAAAACCGGUCUUACUACAGUUGAGGCCACACAGCGCCGCAAGAAGUACGGACCCAACCAGCUGAAAGAGGAAAAGGAGAACUUGUUCAAAAAGUUCUUAUUCUUCUUUGUUGGCCCCGUUCAGUUCGUGAUGGAGGCCGCUGCAGUCCUAGCAAUUGGGUUACGAGACUGGGUGGAUUUUGGCGUCAUCUGCGCUCUACUUCUUCUCAACGCCACUGUCGGCUUCGUCCAGGAAUAUCAAGCAGGGUCGAUAGUGGACGAGCUCAAAAAGUCCUUGGCGCUCAAAGCUAUCGUGGUCCGCGAUGGUCGAAUAAGCGAAAUAGACGCCGCCGAAGUUGUACCGGGUGAUGUUUUGAAAAUCGAGGAGGGCACGAUUGUCUCCGCCGACGGCCGCGUUAGGACAAACCUCUUACUGCAGAUCGACCAAUCUUCAGUAACCGGUGAAUCCCUAGCCGUCAACAAGUGCAAGGAUGAAGUCUGCUACGCCUCAUCCGUGGUUAAGCGUGGUCAUGCAUACCUCGUUGUCACGGCUACUGGAGAUAAGACGUUUAUGGGGACAACAGCGGCGCUGGUCAAGUCUGCAUCGUCAAAUUCCGGCCACUUCACGGAGGUACUCAACAAUAUCGGCGCUACGCUUCUCGUCCUGGUGGUGCUUACCUUGAUCGUUGUCUGGGUGUCGUCUUUUUACCGUUCAAAUCAAAUCAUCAUUAUCCUCGAAUUCACGCUGGCCAUCACAAUGAUCGGCGUACCGGUUGGUCUUCCUGCAGUUGUUACCACCACCAUGGCUGUAGGAGCUGCCUAUCUUGCCAAAAGGCAGGCGAUAGUACAGAGACUAUCCGCAAUAGAAUCUCUGGCGGGAGUAGAGGUUCUCUGCUCUGACAAGACCGGGACCCUAACCAAGAACAAAUUAACACUGUCCGACCCUUAUACAGUGACUGGAGUGGACCCCAAUGACCUCAUGUUGACUGCUUGCUUGGCCGCUUCAAGAAAGUUGAAGGGAAUGGAUGCUAUUGACAGGGCGUUUAUCAAAGCACUCCCCAAUUACCCGCGCGCCAAAGAAGCUCUUUCGCAAUACAAAGUUCGCGAAUUCCGCCCAUUUGAUCCAGUCUCCAAGAAGGUCACAGCUGUUGUGGUAUCUCCGGAGGGCCAGGAGAUCAUCUGCGUCAAGGGAGCGCCUUUGUGGGUUCUCAAGACCGUCUCCGAGGAUCAGCAGAUACCAAGCGACGUCGAGGAAGAGUAUACCGCUAAAAUGGACGAUUUUGCUACACGUGGUUUCCGUUCCCUUGGAGUUGCUCGGAAACCUGCGGACAAGGAAUGGGAGAUUCUUGGGAUAGUGCCUUGCUCUGACCCUCCACGCGACGACACCGCAGCGACAAUAAAUGAAGCAAAAACACUGGGAUUAUCAAUCAAAAUGCUUACGGGAGAUGCUGUACCAAUCGCCCGAGAAACUUCACGUGAGUUAGGGCUGGGAACAAACGUCUAUAAUUCGGACAAACUCGGCCUUGGAGGUGGCGGUGACAUGACCGGCUCUGAGCUCUACAACUUUGUUGAAGCAGCGGAUGGGUUUGCGGAGGUAUGGCCUCAGCAUAAGUAUAACGUCGUGGACAUCCUGCAGCAACGAGGGUACUUGGUGGCAAUGACGGGGGAUGGCGUCAAUGACGCACCAUCGCUCAAAAAGGCAGACACUGGAAUUGCUGUGGAAGGCGCAUCAGACGCUGCCCGGUCCGCCGCUGAUAUUGUUUUCCUUGCCCCUGGUCUAUCAGCAAUCAUCGACGCUCUAAAGACUUCUCGUCAGAUAUUCCAUCGCAUGCAUGCAUAUGUGAUAUAUCGAAUUGCGUUGUCUCUGCAUCUCGAGAUAUUUCUUGGUCUAUGGAUUGCCACAAUGAAUGAAAGCCUGAACUUGCAGUUGGUGGUGUUUAUUGCAAUUUUCGCAGAUAUCGCAACUCUGGCAAUAGCUUACGACAAUGCGCCGUACUCCAAGGACCCUGUGAAAUGGAAUCUCCCAAAAUUGUGGGGUCUGUCCGUCAUACUGGGUAUCGUCCUCGCCGCAGGAACGUGGAUUGCGCUGACCACAAUGAUGAAUGCGGGAGAACAUGCAGGAAUCGUGCAAAACUACGGGAAACGCGACGAAGUUCUCUUUCUCGAAAUCUCCCUCACUGAGAAUUGGUUGAUCUUUAUUACCAGAGCCAAUGGCCCGUUCUGGUCCUCUUUACCCUCGUGGCAGCUGGCAGCGGCAGUCUUCGUUGUGGAUCUGGUCGCAAGCUUCUUCUGCUACUUCGGCUGGUUCGUUGGUGGACAGACAUCAAUCGUCGCUAUCAUCCGUAUCUGGGUAUUUUCAUUCGGUGUUUUUUGCGUUAUGGGCGGCGUCUACUUCCUGCUGCAGCGUUCCAAAGCCUUUGACGAUAUCAUGCACGGCAAAUUUUUCCGUAAAAGGAAAUCAGUGUCUCAACAAGUUCUUGAUGAUCUCGUCGUUGCUUUGCAGCGGCGAGCAUUGCAACACGACUUGUAUUCAAGAACAGCUGAAAAGGAGGAUCUUGCACAGAAGGCAGAUAAACUAGAUAAACCCCUUGAAGAGCGUGGGCAGUGUUGA